AGGCGCGCCUGGAGGGCCCCGACUCCAACGACUGCGCUGGCAAGUCCGAGGGCGCCGCGCCCCCGCAGGUGCUGGGGCGCUGUGCAGACGCCGACCUGGCCAGCCCGGACGGGGCGCCUCGGGCCGACGAGUUGGCCUCGGGGGAGAUCACUUCCAGGAUGCUGGACAACGGGGAGAUGUACCAGUGGUCCGAGUCCGCGUGGGAUGCCGGGCUGCUGCUGUGCCACCCGUGCCUGGGGCGCGGGGUUUCCCUGGCGCUCGGCCUCGCCCUCGUCCUGAACGUCUUCGUCCAGCUCGGGUUCUGCCUCAUCGUCUGGAAGUACAUGCUGCAAGAGCCGUGGGACGACGAGUUCCUCGACCGGCUGCUCGCGUUCCGGCUCUCUGCCCACCACGUCAACAAUGCCGAUAUCGUGGGGCAGCGCUCACUCGUACGGCAGGUUUGCGAGAGCGACCCCUCCUUGCUUACUGCGGCGAUUCACUCGUCCUUCAUAAAAAACUGGGGGGAGUUCGACGACGAGAACGGAGGCAUAGCUUUGAUGAUCCUCGCCAUGUUCCUGUGGCUGACCAACAUUGCUUGGCAGCUUAGGGACGUAUACGACCAGCUGGACGCCCUCUUUUCAAUGCCCCGCGGCCCGCGCACCAUUGUGGUGCUGGUUGGCGAUGCUGAGGGGGGCACGGGCAGCGUUUCUACUCGCACGGACCCGGCAUACCUUGACAGUCUUUCAGUGACGGCUCGUCUCGUAGAGAUCAGCGAGCUUCGCGUGUACUGUACCUUUGUCGGAGUCGCCCUCCCUCGCCUGAUAGUCGCGGUCUUGCUUGGGAUCAGUGGGAUUCGGUAUCUGGGCAUGACCGACGGAAUGGAGGAUUUGAUCCUGAACGCGAUGGCCCUGAUGUUUAUCCUCGACAUCGACGAGGAAUUCUUCAAAGCCUUCCUCCCGCGGCGCGUUCAGACGCUGGUCCGAAAUCUGGAGCCCCUCCCGCUCAAUGAGGGAAGGCGCGCACGAAGCAUGCCCAAUGUGUUCCCCCUGAUGGUGAUGAUCGCGACGUUGGCUUGCGUGGGAGCCUCAGGCUUCCUGAUCGUGAUGCCAUUCAAGAUGAAGCUGGACCAGGUCAGGAACAUCCUCUGCUCUGGUCAGCACGACUUCGUCUUCUCCCACAACCUCGCGUCCGGCGUCGUCCACGUGGCGCAGUCUUUCCAUGAUGCUGAACUCACCGAAGUGGAACGACUUGUCCUCCAAGUCGCCCAGCCUACUCUUUUGGAGGGUAGAGGCUGGAACGUGGACCCUGAGCUGGUUGCUUUGUCGCGGGCCAAGCAGGCACAGGUUGCGUUCGAACCGAAUGUGUCUAGUCUGAGCGCUGCAGACUUCAACGAAGAUUCCUUCCUCAAAGUGGCCAACAUCGGUGCGUCCACAGUGGAGGAGGCAGCACAUCACUUCACCUGCUCAGACUUCGGAACAGGCCUAAACUUCGAGAUGUCGCGAGACGUGUUGAGACAGAUUACCGGGAAUAGCACUCUAAACACUUGCAGUGACCUCUCGGACUUGUGGUUGUGCGGCAAGAUGGCUUCGACACAGCUCAGGGCCUUGUGCCCUCAAACAUGCGGAUGUUGGGAAGGGGACUUGAGCUGGGCAGGCGCAUUCAGCACGACUGCAUUUGGCUGCGCGGGUGAAUGCCUCAAGCAUAAGUCACAGACGUGGGAAAGAAUGGUCGGGAGCAGGUUCCCUUGCGCAGACACUGGGCCAGAAAAUUUCAGCUCAGUGACAGAUUAUUUGCCCCAGGGGGCACGCUGCCGUACCAAAUGUGGAGAAAGACCGCUCCUCAUUUCACCCCCCCCUUUCGGGAUUUCUACAUCAAGUACGUCCAAGGCCUCCAGGAGUACGUCACGGGCGUCGCUGAGGUUCGAGCGGGCGUGCCAGGCACUGUGAUGAUGCUCGGCAGCUUCUUCCUGACCCACUUCUCGCAGCAAGAGGUCGACGGCCUGAUCGCCCACGUGCUUGACGGAGCUUUUUUCGAGGAUCUCGCGGCGGGCAAUUGGAACCUCCUCCCGGGUCAGCCGCACCCCCGCGGCCUCACAGGGUGCGACUACCUGACGUCGGUCGAGGUAAGCCUCACGGUCAACGUAGACCUCUGCGCGGAGGGCUCCGGGCAGCCCUUGGUCUCGAUCCGCCCGUGGUGCCCCGUGGCGUGCGGCUGCGUGACAGGCAUGCAGGCGUGCCCGUGCGGGUAGGCACCCCGUCCUCCUCUUCAUCCUGCCCUCCAUCCCUCCCAGUUGGAGCUACGCAUAUGCCUACCAAUGGCCGUCGCACAGUGUGCGCCUAGGCCUACUAUGGGCCUAUGCAUAUGGUGCAUGUGCCUAUGGGAGGCCACGUGCCUACCAAAGGCCUACAGUAGGCCGACCACGUGCCUAUGCUUAUUCGGUGGCCGCAGGCCAACUGUUUACAUGUCGAACGAUAGGCUUACCGUAGGCCUGCGCAUAGGCUAUGCAGAGGCUGUGCAUAGGCCUAUAGCGGCCCAGCGUGUAGAUUAUGCAUAGGACCACAGGCAUAGGCAUAGCCAGUGAAAACAGCCUGCCAAAGGCUGCAGGUUUACCAUAGGAGCCUUAGUGUAGGCCUACCGUAGGGCCAUGGCUGGUCUAUGCAAGGCCUACCGUAGGCAUCCAGAGGUCUUCGCAUACAUAGUCUUAAUAUCACAAUAAACCGAAGUAUAUGUUUUUUAGCACGUUUGAUUUUUCAUCCAAAAUCGGCCUGAAGGGGGACGCGCCCGACCGAAGGCUCACCGCAUCUCCCUGGCAGCGACUUCGGCGCGACAGGCCGUCGCACCGGCGAGAUACUCUUGGAGGAGGUGGCAGGAGGGUGGCGUGCUCAAAGCCAGCCUCGAGCCACAUGCGUCUAGGUCUAGAUGACUUGAAUGCUCUGAAUGCCUCGAGCGUUCCGGCGCCUGGGCCAUGUCCAGCAUGGGCCCACUCUUGCACAUGUUUGUUUCACUGCUUGGCUCGGACAGCCACGGCGCGCCCCGCAAAUUCUUCUGGUCUUCUUUGGCACUUGGGCCAUCCGCGAUAUGGCCUCAUUUAUAUGAAGUCAGCUCGAUGGUUUCUUGUUCUGCGAAGGCAAGCCCCGGGGCGCCCUAGCGGCAAGAGGGUGGGGCCGUGGCCACUCGGCCCGGUCAAGCACGCUGUGUGAUUUAUGGGCGAGCACACACAAUCUCUUCACACAUCAACAUUGGCAUCAGUGUUGCACUCCUCUGCCUCCGCCUCCCCCCCCCCUCUGUUUACCUCUCUCCCCCCCCCCUCCCCCUUGGCCCUGAUGGCCACUGAUGCCUGGCGACCGCCUCGCAGGAGCGGGCGGCCCACUGAUCAGACGUGGGGGCGCACUCGCGUCGAAUGAAAAACGUUCACAAGAGGGUUCCAACAGGCGAAAAAAACAUUGAUUCCCCGUUGCAGGCCGCGCUUUCGCUAGCCUGUCGGUGUAGAUGUAGAUGCUGCUUUCCUAGAUGCUCC